GAAGUCAGAAAUGAAACCAGGAAGAGAAAGUCGCCGCUUAGCUUUCCGCAGUUUAGUAUUGGCUGAGUGAAAGCUGCUGAGAAAGAACAACAAUGUCAAACAAAACUUCACCUCCUCUAAACCAAGAACCUGCACCAACUCCGCAGCAAGAUGGAUAUGUGAACGGACCUAAUUAUGAGAAAGUUGGCAAGAUUAUAAUGGAAUGCAAGAGUGAAAGCUUCUGGUACAGAGCUUUGCCAUUAUCUAUUGCAAGUAUGCUUGCUACUCAAGGAUUGGUGUACAAAGGGAUUCUUUCACCUUCAAAGAGGUUUGGGUCGAUUCCUAAAGUCGCACUUGCUGGAGUUCUUGGUUUUGUGGUUGGAAAAAUCUCUUAUGUGGGAGCUUGUCGUCAAAAGUUUCAAAAUGCAGGCUUUCCCCCUUUUGGAACUUCAUUUCCUUAUGGAUUUAGAAACUUCCCUUUUGGUAGGCCCCAUCAUGGCUGUGACCAUCAUGACGGCAAAAAUAGACCCCAUGGAUUCCCAGACCAUUGGAAGAAAUCUCAAUAGACAACCCCGCCCAUAAACCCUGCUGACAUCAGUUCACAGGAUUCAUAAAGAAUUAAUACAUCGUCGUGCCUGCAACUUGGUGGAGAAAUUCUGUGGUGUAGCUCUCCUAUAUUCUAAACUAUCCUACUUUUAGCAUUUAAAAUGUUGCAUUAAUCUAAAUAAUGAGUAUAAAUAAUGUGCGGCAUGUUUUAUUCAUGGUGAUUUACAAACUACAAUUGCUAUAAAAAGAGUGAUUUGAAUUCAUCAGCUAUUUUACUAUACCAUGUAAUCAAUGGGCUAAUUUGUAUUUCUAAUGCUCUUUACAGAUUCCCAUAAUAAACUGGGACUUUUUAUCACA